CACCACGUACUGCCUGCAUAGCACAUCGAAGCAAAGCUGUCAGUGCCAACUGUCCUGUUGCAGUUAGCUCAGUGAACAGCCAACUAACUCCAGCUGGUAGCAGGUAUGUCUUUUUUCCAGUGUUUCCAAUGGAGUACACUACUGGGGUAGGCUGAGUCGAACUGUUGUCUGUUUGGACACUAAAACUAUGAAGUGGACAUGUCGCUGUUCUGCUUCCCAACAAAAAGGCUGCAUCCACAGAGCAGUAGCCAAAUGGUUAUGCCACUAGCAACACUCUUACCUGAUGUGGUCAGAACAGACCAGUGAUUCUGAGUAUCUCCCAGAACAGGAAUCAAAAGAUGAGACAAGUGAAAACAUUCUAGGAGCCUUUAUUGCUAUCCUCCUCAAGGACACUUGUUGAGAAAAAUGCUGGACUACCUAAAACAAUACAAAAGCAUUCCACUUGCUAUUGACAAUAGACUGGCUUUAGACACACCCAAGCUUACACAAUACAUGCCGUCUGAGACUACAUGCAAGUUCUGUUCUGGGGUUCAACUGGAAGGCCCUCGCACAAUCACAACAAAGGGUAAAGUGAUAGGACUUGAUCAAAUUGUUGAAAAUGUGAAGAUAUACUGCAAGAAGUGUCCCAAGUGUAAUCUCUUGUACAGGUACCAAGAAUCCAAGAAUACUAUGACGGUGUACACAAUUUCAACGAUUCCACCAUGCUUACACUGCAUUUGUGCUUAUUCCUUCGUCACAGCUUGCAAGCACAUAUUGCCAUUGGAAGAGUUGUAACAGUGAUAGAAUCAAUGACGGGAAAAUCACUAUCGCACAACACUGUCUUAAAUGCCUACUGUCAUUUUGAAGCUUUAUCGGAACACAAAUAUGAAUUUUACUGCAUUCAUUGUGGAUUCUACCCCUAUCCUGACUUUUGAUGUGAACAGAAAGGCAGCAUUUU